AUGUCGUUCUCAAUCCCGUCCCAGCAAACUCAGAUCGUGCUGCGCGAGCGGCCCACAGCCGCCAUCAAGGACAGUCUCGGCGCCGCUGACUCCACCUACGAGAAGCGCACCGUUCCCGUCGCCAAGGAAUCCGAACUCAAGGAUGGCGAAGUGCUCGUUCGCGUGGAGUACGUCUCGCUCGACCCCGCCAUGCGCGGAUGGCUGCGCGAUGCACGUUCCUACCUGCCACCCGUACAGAUCGGCGAGGUGAUGCGCGCAGGUGGUGUUGGUGUUGUUGUGGCAUCCAAGUUCCCCGGUCUCAGCAAGGGUGACGAGGUCAGUGGUACGUUGGGGUGGCAGCAAUACGCUCAAGUUCCCGGAAAGAGCGUCGAGAAGCGAACUGUCCGCGAAGGAGGCUCCCUGCUCGACUACCUGGGACCUUUGGGCUCGUCUGGCCAGACCGCUUACUGGGGUAUCUUUGACGUCGCUGCUAUCAAGGAGGGUGAUGUAGUGGUUGUCACUGGUGCCGCUGGAUCGGUUGGAAGCAUCGCUGUUCAGCUCGCAAAGUUGAAGGGGUGCAAAGUCAUCGCUGUCGCUGGUGCCGAUGACAAGUGCGAGUGGCUCAAAUCUUCGCUCGGCGCAGACGAGGCUCUCAACUACAAACAUCCCGACUUCAAAAAGACCUACCGAGAGCUCGUUACCAAAAAGUACGGCUACAUCGACGCUAUCUUCGAAAACGUCGGCGGCGACAUCCUCGACAUGUCCUUGCUCUGCAUGAAGCCGCACGCUCGCAUCGCCUUGUGCGGUGCCAUCUCGGACUACAACAACCCCAAACCCAACGGCCUGAAGAACUACCAGACCAUCAUCGCCAUGCGCAUCAAGUUGCAAGGCUUCAUCGUGUUCGACUACCUCAAGCGCUACGGAGAGGCCGAGGACAACAUGGUCAAGUGGAUGAACGAGGGCAAGCUGGCGAGGAAGUUCCACGUCGUGGGUGAGGACUUGGAUGGCAAAGCGAGGGAGCAGGGAAAGAGCUUGGAGCAGUGUCCCAAAGCUCUCAAUGAUCUGUUCGCCGGUAAGAACGUUGGAAAGAUGGUGGUCAAGGUCGCUCCUUGA